GUUUAUAUAAAAAUGGUAGAACCGUUCUUCCUUCUUUCUCUCACAAGGCGAAGAAAGGGAGGCUUCGCCAUUGUUCAACUCCGACCAACAUCACCGUCACCCUCGGUCAAAUAAUUAAUCAGGUAACUACAAAAUAGUUGAAUUUAAUAGUAAUGUAAUAACCAAAUCAGUUUUCAGUAGUAAUUAAUUUAGCUGGCCACAACCAGAUACACUUUAUAUCCGUGAUUGGCCGGCAAGUUAUUAACUUUAACCUGUCUGAAGACCAGGCUGGUUAACGUUAGUUAACCCGUUGGCAUUUUACCUUGCUAACUAAUGUCCCCUAGUCGACGAAUUAAACCUGGUAAAACCUACCUAACUGAACUAGCUAUAACUUGAGUUACUGCAUUAUCUUUACAUUAUCCAUUUGAGUUGACUUCGUUUUGAGUAGUGUGCUAACGUUUGCUAACAGCUAGCUACUUAACCUUUGCUUGCGAACUAGCGGUCAGUCUUUGUUUGGUCGUGUGCAAUCCAUAACAGCUAAAAGGUAGCCAAAGGUAGUUUGACAUUCGAUGGAGAGUUUGAAAUUGUUUUUGUUACUAAGCUAAACGUUUGUAUUUUGUAUACCAGGAAAAGGCGCGCGAUCACCCUUGUGGUUCUCGGCCUAGUUAUAGAACGUUCUGGAAACUCAACACCCCGCGUGGUGUGACGCACAUGCGGACGUCGAUUUAUAAUUUACAGAAGUGUAAUACCGGUACAUACCGAUAUCUGUUACAUAACUUCACUUGGUAUAGACAUGAGCACAUUAUCUUGAGAAUUAAACUAUUUUAUUGGUAGGAAGCUACUUUUGAUUCUCUUCUGAAACUGUGGUUCUGGUGUUAUACUUUAUAAUCUAUUUUAUAGAGAAGCUUCUCAGCACAUAUUUCGUGAGGAUAGGACUUAACCAUUGCAGAGCUCAUUUUCAAGUGACGGAGAAAGCUCGAGGACAGGUCGCUGUUAAUCUCUGGUCAAUAAUGGUACCGACUCACCUGUAUGAACUUGUUGGUCGACCUGACCAUAAUAAACAUAAUGUGAGUUAUAGAUCUCUCGUUGAAAACAAUUCUAAGAAGCGGCAGUUCUAAUCUAUGUGCGCAAUUUCUGUGUUUCCGUUUCUGAAGUUGCCCUUUGGCAUCUUUUACAUUCUGUUUUGUACUCCAUUAAGUCAGUAAAUGUUUUUCCUGUGAGCGCAGUGUUCUCAUUGCAGUUUCUCUAGAGUUAAUCAGAUCCAGCCUGGACUGUGCCACGUAGUAGGGAGUUUGUAAUUUCCAACAGGCCAAUUUUCUACCACUGUAUUUUGAAGACCACAUUGACAUUUAGCGAACACUGAUUUGUUUACUGCGUUUUUGUUGAAUUAACGCAUAGCAUCCAUUUGUCUUCACCUAACACCCGGCUAUUUUUCAUUGUUUAGGUAACAUGUCUAAGGGACCAGCAGUUGGCAUUGAUCUCGGGACCACCUACUCCUGCGUGGGUGUGUUCCAGCAUGGCAAGGUUGAAAUCAUUGCCAACGACCAGGGCAACAGGACCACUCCAAGCUACGUUGCCUUCACUGACUCUGAGAGGCUCAUUGGCGAUGCCGCCAAGAAUCAGGUUGCCAUGAACCCCUGUAACACAGUAUUCGGUAAGUUUUAAGUUCUGGAAAUUUCUCAUGAAAUUAGUGGAUUUGAAUGGUUAAAUGUGUUAUUUUUGGCUUUAUGGUGUGCCAAAGCUUGUUCACUGUGAUGAAGUUUAUUCCUGCCAUUCGUAGUUUCCACCAGAGGUUGAAAGACCAAAGAUGGCCCAAAACCUUCCUUGGAUGUCUGAGUGACAAGCCAUAUAGCACACAAGACUCCGUAUGGCUGUAGAAAAGGUUAAAUAUAAUGUAACUGGUUAUUGUCUUAUUGCAGAUGCCAAGAGACUGAUUGGCCGCAGGUUUGAUGAUGGAGUUGUUCAAUCGGACAUGAAGCAUUGGCCAUUUGAAGUUAUCAAUGAUUCUACUCGGCCUAAGCUCCAAGUUGAGUACAAAGGAGAGACUAAGUCCUUCUACCCAGAAGAAAUUUCCUCCAUGGUUCUGGUCAAGAUGAAGGAGAUUGCUGAGGCCUACCUUGGAAAAGUAAGCUUUCUAAUUAUACAGACUGACUUAUACGUGUUACUUUCCUUCUGUACAGGAAGGUGUAGUUUUAAGUUUGCCAUUACUAGUCUAUGUGAUUAUUCAAAUGUAUCAUUGACAUUUUCUCUCCCUAGACUGUCAACAAUGCCGUUGUUACCGUACCUGCCUAUUUCAACGACUCCCAGCGCCAGGCAACCAAAGAUGCUGGCACCAUCUCGGGCCUGAAUGUACUGCGUAUCAUCAAUGAGCCAACUGCUGCUGCCAUUGCCUACGGCUUGGACAAGAAGGUGAACUACUUUCUAUGAUCUUUAUUCUGUUGAAAAGGACUGCAGUGCUUGUUUGCUGUGAUGAAGUUUACUCCUGCCAUUCGUAGUUUCCACCAGAGGUUGAAAGACCAAAGAUGGCCCAAUACCCUUCCUUGGAUGUCUGAGCGAAUAUCUAGCCAUUCCAUAGAUCGGUUCUUGCUUGUACGCGCUCAUUGCAAAUACUGAAUAUCCUCUGUUUCAGGUCGGUGCUGAAAGGAACGUCCUUAUCUUUGAUCUGGGUGGUGGCACCUUUGACGUGUCCAUCCUGACCAUCGAGGAUGGCAUCUUUGAGGUCAAGUCCACUGCUGGAGACACCCAUCUGGGUGGAGAAGACUUUGACAACCGCAUGGUCAACCACUUCAUCGCAGAGUUCAAGCGCAAGUACAAGAAAGACAUCAGCGACAACAAGAGGGCUGUUCGCCGUCUCCGCACCGCCUGUGAGAGGGCAAAGCGCACCCUGUCCUCCAGCACCCAGGCCAGCAUCGAGAUCGACUCUUUGUACGAGGGAAUCGACUUCUACACCUCCAUCACCCGGGCUCGCUUUGAGGAACUCAACGCAGACCUUUUCCGUGGCACCCUGGACCCAGUGGAGAAGUCCCUCCGCGACGCCAAGAUGGACAAAGCCCAGGUACACGACAUCGUUCUGGUCGGAGGCUCCACUCGUAUCCCCAAGAUCCAGAAACUGCUCCAAGAUUUCUUCAACGGCAAAGAGCUCAACAAGAGCAUCAACCCCGACGAGGCUGUGGCCUAUGGCGCAGGUGGGUCACUGAUCAGUUUGCGCUGUGGCCAAUGUGCUGCUAUAACUAGCCCUAACUCAAUAGUUUCGCUGUGAUGAAGUUUACUCCUGCCAUUCGUAGUUUCCACCAGAGGUCGAAAGACCAAAGAUGGCCCAAAACCUUCCUUGGAUGUCUGAGCGACAAUGGCACUGUGAGUCUAAAGUAAUGUUUUUCCAUGCGUCUAACCUCUCAUUCUCAUUUUCAGCUGUCCAGGCAGCCAUACUCUCAGGUGACAAGUCUGAAAAUGUCCAGGACCUGCUUCUGCUGGACGUCACCCCCCUGUCCCUGGGUAUUGAGACCGCUGGAGGUGUCAUGACUGUCCUGAUCAAACGUAACACCACCAUCCCAACCAAGCAGACCCAGACCUUCACCACCUACUCAGACAACCAGCCUGGUGUGCUCAUUCAGGUGAGAAAGGGCCUGCAUGAAAUGUCAAUUUCAGGGCAAUGUUUCCUCAUUCCGUUGGCCACUCUGUGAUGACGUUUACUCCUGCUAUUUGUAGUUUCCACAAGAGGUUGAAAGACCAAAGAUGGCCCAAUACUUUCCUUGGAUGUCUGAGCGACUGUUUAGUGAAAUGUACUUCUCAUUUGAAGACCAUGUAUGUUUUGCUAAUAUUGACUGUAUCCUCCAGGUGUACGAGGGUGAGAGGGCCAUGACCAAGGACAACAACCUGUUGGGCAAGUUUGAGCUGACUGGAAUCCCCCCUGCACCUCGCGGUGUUCCUCAGAUUGAGGUCACAUUUGACAUUGAUGCUAACGGCAUCAUGAACGUGUCCGCAGCUGACAAGAGCACUGGCAAGGAGAACAAGAUCACCAUCACCAAUGACAAGGGUAAUACGUUUGUUGUGAUGGCGUCGUAAUGUAACACUAUGGCAAAUGGGCUAUAAUUACUAGCCUUAACCCCAAUAGUUUCGCUGUGAUGAAGUUUAUUCCUGCCAUUCGUAGUUUCCACCAGAGGUUGAAAGACCAAAGAUGGCCCAAAACCUUCCUUGGAUGUCUGAGCGACAAAAAUAGUACUUUUGCUUCUACAAUGAUGUACAGUUGAGUAGUUUUCGUUAAACAUUGGUUGAUUUGAUUGCAUUUUUCCAUAAGGUCGCCUGAGCAAGGAGGACAUUGAGCGCAUGGUCCAGGAGGCUGAGAAGUACAAGUGUGAGGAUGAUGUGCAGCGUGACAAGGUUUCCUCCAAGAACUCACUGGAGUCCUACGCUUUCAACAUGAAGUCUACUGUGGAGGAUGAGAAACUGCAGGGUAAGAUCAGUGACGAGGACAAGACCAAGAUUCUGGAGAAGUGCAACGAGGUCAUUGGCUGGCUGGACAAGAACCAGGUAAGAAUUUAUUUGGUUGGACUUGAACUGUCUUAGACCACUUGCUGUGAUGAAGUUUACUCCUGCCAUUCGUAGUUUCCACCAGAGGUUGUAAGACCAAAGAUGGCCCAAUACCUUCCUUGGAUGUCUGAGCGACUUAAGAUAAAUAUAUUUAUAAUUUGAAGUCAAUUAUGUUUUGCUAAUGUUAACUGUAUCUGUCUGCAUUUCUCAGACUGCUGAGAAGGAAGAGUACGAGCACCACCAGAAGGAGCUGGAAAAGGUGUGCAACCCCAUCAUCACAAAGCUGUACCAGGGUGCUGGUGGUAUGCCUGGCGGUAUGCCUGAGGGCAUGGCUGGCGGAUUCCCUGGAGCUGGUGGCGCUGCUCCUGGAGGUGGUGGAUCAUCUGGACCAACCAUUGAGGAAGUCGACUAAACCAUUCCAUUGUUUCUGCAACUACCUCCCCCUAACAAGCAAAGUUUGAAAUGUUUUCUACCCUCUUGUGGCUUUGAGUCUCGUGACUUUUGUCAAGGAGUGAAAUGUAAGUUAGAAUAAAGGUGGAGGGAUCACACAUUGCAACUUUGUUUGCUACACAACAGGGAACAGUAAUUUUCUGUUUGCGCAACUAAGCUGUCAAAUUUCACAUGGCGUAUUUUGUAUAUUUUCUCAGUUGUCAUCUGCCUUUGUCACAAUGCCUUUAAGACUAAAUAAAAUAUACGGUGACCUUUCACCUUUACUUCUAAA